CUCCGUGGCGGCAGUUCGGGAGCCCUCUGGCCCUCUACCAGGAGCCAAGGAAAUUCUCGAGCGCCGUCACGGAAUGUAACCUCCAGAGAUACUCCCGUCGGCACCACCCUCUCUGCUCAGUCUGAGAGAAACAACGACGACAAUACGAUCAAGCCUCAAGAACCGGCCAACAAAAAGCGUCGCCUUCCAGAAGAGUUUCCGCCUCUUCCAUCCAAACCAGUCGCUUCAGUAAACAAAAAUACCGGCAACAAGCCCAAAAAAGUGGCUAAUAAGAUGGCAAAGCUCCAGGACGAAGCCAAGAACAACACUUCAGAGUCAGAACUCUCAACAACAGAAUCUUCCGUCGAAGGUGACCAUGAAAUUUACUGUAGUUUCGUCCCACGGGGACAUUUUCAGACUAAUACAAUAAAGGUUAACUAUUUACUUAUUACAGGAACUGGGAAAACUCUUCUUGCUAGAGCUGUUGCUCACCAUACGGAAUGUACUUUUAUUCGUGUAUCUGGUUCCGAGUUAGUUCAAAAAUUCAUUGGAGAAGGUUCUCGCAUGGUGCGUGAACUAUUCGUUAUGGCCAGGGAACAUGCUCCUUCUAUCAUAUUCAUGGAUGAAAUUGAUUCUAUUGGAUCAUCUCGAAUUGAAUCAGGUUCUGGUGGUGAUUCUGAAGUGCAGAGGACCAUGUUGGAACUCCUUAAUCAACUAGACGGUUUUGAAGCUACCAAAAACAUCAAAGUCAUUAUGGCUACGAAUAGAAUCGAUAUUUUAGACCCUGCACUACUUAGGCCAGGCAGAAUAGAUCGUAAAAUUGAGUUUCCUCCACCGAAUGAGGAGGCAAGGUUGGAUAUUCUGAAGAUCCAUUCUCGAAAAAUGAAUCUAACUAGAGGAAUAAACUUGAGGAAGAUUGCUGAGCUGAUGCCUGGGGCAAGUGGAGCAGAAGUUAAGGGAGUCUGCACUGAAGCAGGUAUGUAUGCACUGAGGGAGAGAAGAGUACAU